CAACUUUCCAACCCAAGUGCUUGCGCGUCGUUCCUGAAACGAAAACAAGUGGUGUAGCCUAUAAAAGCAGACAGUGAGGAGAUAGAUCUAGAUCUAGAUCUAGUGGCUUUUGAUUCAGGCGAGAUUGUAAACAAACUGUGAACAUUGUUGUGCCCUUUGUGGAGUCAAAUAGUCAUCAUCAAUGGGUUCUUCGAAGAAACAUAAGGAUAAGGACCGGGAGGGAAAGAAAAAAAGAAAGCAUCGCUCGAGAUCCAGGUCAAGAUCAAGAGAAAGAAAAAGAAGACAUCGAGACAGAAGCCGUACUCCAACGGACAACAGGGACCGAACCUCGGGAGGAGCCUCAAUCGAUGCUGAUGUUGAAUUCCUACACAGAGACGAUGACUACCGUGAGGACUCACGUUAUGACAACAGGAAUAGGAGUGAGAUGUCUUACGACUAUCAGCAGGCACCACAGGAGAGUACGCAGCAAACAGGUGCUCAAGAGCCGCGAUCGUCAGGGGAUGGUUCCAGUCUAAGUAUCGAAGAAACCAAUCGAUUGAGAGCAAAACUUGGCUUGAAGCCUCUUGAUGUACCAGAGAAAGGAGAAGAUGGAAAGCCUAAGAAGACAGAUGCUGUUCAUGCCCCACCCAUCAAUUUAGCACAGAAAAAGAAGACAGAAGCCCUCAAGGAGAAAAUGACAAACAGGAAAACCCAGCGUGAAAUUCAGUCAAAAUUAGGAAAAGUGAAAGGUCUAGGGGAGAGCGACUCAGAUGAAGACAAUACCAGUUCCUGGGUAAUCAAAAGUAGGAAACUGCAGAAAGAGAGAGAUAUGGCUGAGAAAAGAGCUAAAAUGCUUGAAGAAAUGGAUGAAGACUUUGGAAUUGGUAAUCUCGUUGAGCAAGAAUUCCAGAAAGACACAAGAAAGGGUUACUCUUCACAGGACCUAAGUGGUUUAAAAGUUGAACAUGGCCUGGACAAAUUUACAGAAGGAAGAAAUGUUAUUCUCACUUUGAAAGACAGAGGUGUUCUUGAUGAAGAGGAAGAGGGAGAUGUACUUGUGAAUGUGAACAUUGAAGAUGAUGAAAAGGCAGAGAAAAAUGUUGACAACAAAAAGAAGAAGCCAGACUACAAACCGUAUGAUGAACCACAGUAUGAUGAGUAUGGAAUGAUGAAGCCUUCCAACAUGCUUGAGAAAUAUGAUGAAGAGAUAGAUGGAGCAAAGAAAGAAUCAUUCACCUUAGGUUCAAGAGGCCAUUAUGAUGCGUCCGAGGAAAAGCGGAUGGCAGAAAUCAGACAGCAAUUGAGGGCUCAGGGUGAAAGUCUCCUUGGUCCUGCCCCAACUCUGGCUGUGGAAUACAUGACAAAGGAAGAAGUGAAAGCAGCCACUUUCAAAAAGACCAAAAAGAAAGUGAGGAAGAUCAGAAAGAAGGAUAUUUUGAAAGCUGACGAUUUGUUGCCUUUAGCCGAAGAAACAACUGCUUCAGAGGAUUAUGGGUCUAGGGCUCGAGGUAGGGGCAAGUUAGAUGUGAAGGAAGAAGACGAGAAUGGGGAAAGUGAAGAGACCAAGAUGAAUGUGGAUGAACCAGCGUUCAGUACUGACUUGGGGAGACUGCACGCGCCAUCAACGUCUGCAGUGGUGAAGCCUAAAAUUGACGACGAUGACGUCAUCGGACCCGAAGAAGAUCUCACUGGAGUGGAUCUGGAGGAAGAAGAGGCACAAAAUGAGCUGCAUGGAAUGCUGGCCAAGGCUCGCAAGCUCAAUCUGAAGAAAGAGAGGAAGUCUGCAGCACAGAGCGUUGAGCAGAUGGCUGUGAAAUCAGAGCCCAGUGACGAAGGAGGGACAGGAGCCAACAUCAUUCUUAACUCCACAUCAGAGUUUUGCCGAAACCUGGGAGAGAUCCCAACUUAUGGCUUAUCUGGGAACAGAGAAGAGGACAGGGAUGAACUGUUGGACAUGGAACUUGAACUGAUGGAACAAAGAAGGAAAGAGGCAGAGCAGGAAGAGACAACUGGUGGCUGGAACGAGGUGGAUAUUGAUGAAAACCCUGUGGAUAUCAAGGCUGAGGAGACAUCUGUACUGGAGGAAGAGCCCAUUGCCACAGAUGGUAUCGGAGCUGCCCUCAAGCUUGCCAUGAAGAAGGGGUACCUGGAGGAUGAGGAGCCGAAGAAACUGUCCUCAGCCUCCAACUCAGUCCUGGAGCUCCAGGCACAGAACUACACCAUUCAGGACAAACGAUAUGAUGAUUUAGACGAGAAAAAUAGGAAGCGAGACCGUUACUCUGGAGGGAUGGUUUCAGAGUUCAAAGAGAAAGACUUAUACAAGCCGGACGUGAAACUUGACUACGUAGACGAGAGUGGCCGUAUGUUGAGUCAGAAGGAGGCUUUCAGGCAGCUUAGUCACAGGUUCCAUGGCAAAGGCUCCGGCAAGAAGAAGACAGAGAAGAGAGGCAAGAAAGUAGAGGAGGAGCUACUGAUGAAGCAGAUGAGCUCGACAGACACUCCCCUCAACACUCUCAGUUUGCUUCAGGACAAGCAGCGAUCGGAGAAAUCACCCUACAUUGUGCUCAGUGGCAGCAAAGGUUUCACGUCGAAUAGCAUCGUCAAACCGUCCUGAUAAUCACACACUUGCAAGGAGAAAGAAUUUUGUUGUCUGGGUACAAAUUUCCAUGUUGUGCAUCACGGAUGUCUCAGUGUUAAAAAAGACUGUUCUCUUCAGAGAGAAAAGUCAGUACUUGUGUCUUCAUGAAUAUACAGACACACCAGUCUAUGACUCUAAAUAAAACAGGACCAAAAUAGAUCAGUUUUAGUUUCAAGGCGACCCACAGACCAGUAUCAGAAGAUGUUCGCAGAAUAUACUUCCCUACCAAUUUAAUUUUAGUUUCAAGGAGACCCACAGACCAAUAUCGGGAGAUGGUUGGGGGAUGUACAAUUUCCCUACGGAAAAGUUAUUUCAAUUCUAAAUAACAGACUGGCUCCUAAUUUUAAUGAUUAUCAUUAUGUUAACCCUCUAAGUGUUGACAGCCAAUUAAACCGGACGUAAGUUUCUUUCUGUUGUGCUGCGGCUGAUUCGGCCAUUAAUUUGAGUCGCUAUUUCCAAUGUUAUUAAUAUCUCCAAAAAUUUCAACUCUCACAAAUGAGCUCUACUCUCUAUUUAUAUUCUAUUUUCUGCAAAUAUAGGUUUAUGGCCUUUACUUGCUCUGUAUGCCUCUUCUCUCACAUUUUCCAACAUUUGGGUGAAAUCAUAUAAUUUCCCCUACACCACAGGUUUUAUAGUUAGCGACACUUGGAGGGUUGAGAAAAUUAUUGUUAAAGUUUUGUUUUAACGUAGGAAAACCAAUGUUAUCAUUUGUCACGUGCAGUAAAGCUCCUAUGUUUGUACUGUAGUUAUGGUCAUUGUCAUAAACAGUUUGAUGUGUAAAAACAAUUCUGAAAUAAAAAACUGUUUAGUUUUA